UAUGAUUUCCGAUACGAUUAAAAGUAAUUAACGGUUUCGACGAAGCAAAGUCUAAAUAUGUUUGUAAUUUUCGUAUGAGAAGAUUACUGAUGUCUUAGCCAACGUGAGAAAAUGACAUUUAAAAAGUAAAUAUAAUAUUUAGUACUCCCCAAAUGAACUUAGUUUUUAAGCUGAACUAGGAUUUAGGAUUAGUUUAUUGUUUUAUUGUGAUAUAUAAUUGUUUGCUGGAGAAGGCAACAUGGGUUCUGAAACCGAUGAAGUUAUCAUUGAGGAUUCUGAUGAAUCAAUGCUGGAUUUCAAAGAAUUGAAUGAUGCUGAAUUUGAUCUUCCACCAGUUGACUUGCCUUCGUUGGAAACCAUACUAUGGGACAUGGAAUCAGAGGAAGGUAGUGAUAGCACUUCCUUGCACUCCCUGCAAAGUCUAACUCUGAGAUUUAGGUCUAUGCUAUAUCAUUGCAUUCUGCAAGGGAUCUCUUCACAAAUAUCUUCAGCAAAUGAUCGUGUCAAUGCUGGUUUACCCACAGUAAUAACUAAUAGUUUAAAAUAUGUGGCUGUGGGCACAUCACAUGGAUAUGUUUUGGCUUUUGAUACUGAACAGAAGCUGUGCUGGUGCUCUCAUGAUAACAUCUCCAAUGAUCAAGGUGCAAUUUCUGCUUUGGCAUUCAAUUUGGAUUCAACUAGAUUACUGGUUGGCUUUGAGAGAGGCUACAUUUUAAUGUUGGAUACAUCGACCGGCGACGUUCUGAGGCGUUUACCAGAUGCACACGCCCCCCAAACGGCGGUGCUGCAGCUUCGCUUUACGUCGUCGAAUAGUCUAGCUUUAAUUGGAGAUUCGUCCGGUUGCGUUUUCUCGCUAAACUUCUCCAGGCGUUUGGGGGUGAGGAGUUGGGACUCUAAAUGCCUAUUUUCUGGUGCCAGAGGUGAAGUCUGCUGCUUCGAACCUCUUACCCAGGCCCCGGAUAUGCUAGGACAAUUUAUUGUGGUGGCGUUAGCCACGUUGUCGAAAAUUAUAAUCAUAACGGUGAAACCGAGGCUGAGGGUGUUGUAUAGUCAUCAGUUGCCUAGGAUACCGACGUCUUUGCCGGUGAUAAGUUGGCAGCUUGUGCUGGUGGGGAAGAGCUGGCAACCAGUUUUGGCCUGGGGCCGAGGCUCCGAACUGAAUUACACGCGAAUCACCUUUGCAGGUGUGAACAAGAACAAAAUGAAGUUAUCGUCGUUGCGAAGCGUGCAGCUAUCGUAUUCAAUGACGGCUAUACAUUGGAUUGGUAAUAGGCAUUUGGCGAUAUUGGAUACCGGCGAGAACUUGCGGUUGGUGGAAGUGCGGACGCAGAAGGAGUUGGAAUUCCUGGAGUUGAACAGUGCGGGUUUAGUGUACAGCUCCGCCCAUUUCAAAGCGCUCGCCGUUGGGGGUGGAGUCAGCGAGGCGUUCGCCUUAGCCGGAGACAGGGCGUGCUACAACAGCUUAUCCAGCCGUGGAGAUCAGCUCUUGGUGUUAGGCACAAGGGCUGUUCACAUGGUAAAAUUGCGGACUUGGCACGAGCGAUUGCUGUAUCUGAGCGAUCAAGGCAGAUGGACGGAGGCUUUGAAUUUGGCUGCAGAUGAAGGUAUGAAUCGGGAAAAGAGCACUACGGCAUUAUUGGAAAAAUACUUGAUUUCGUUGAGCAAACAUUUCAUGGAGAAGGAAAGCAUUGCAGCUGCGAUCAAUUGCUGCGUCAAGCUACAGAAAAACGAAGUUUUGUGCAAUGGCCUGUGGGACGUCAUAUCAACGGAUCACGCUAAUCGCGAAUUGUUCUUUACGAUCGUAACGGAUCAUGUGAAUUGCGGAGCUCUAACCCAUUUAUCGCCGAGCGUGACGCAAGCGUUGGUCGCGUAUUUAAACGAAAAAUCUGAUCUCAUUGCCCUAAAGAACCUUAUCCUUUCGUUGGAUUUGAGCUGCUUGGAUCUGCACCAGGUGCUGAGCAUCUGCAAGAAACGAAAACUGUAUGAAGCUUGGAUUCACAUUACCACAAAAACCAUAAAUGACUAUACCGGUCCUUUGACCGAAUUCCUGGACGAGCUCACACCCGACAAUCACGCUCUAGGCAACACACUUUUGGUCUACAUAAGCGCUUGCCUAGCUGGGUUGGGUUAUCCGAAAGGGAGCAUUCCCAAAGACGAGAUACUGCGCGUAAAGUUUGAUGUACUCCGUUGCUUGGAAGCUUUGCAUUCGGUUAGUGCCAGGGAGGACGAGCAGACGUAUCCAUAUUUAAGAGCAUUGCUAAAAUACAACAUUAGAGAGUGUUUGAACGUAAUUAAAUUAGCCUUCACCGAAAAUGAAUUUUCAGGCGAGAUGGGUUUGCUGCAGAGGCAGCGUCUGAUGGAAAUUCUGAUGCUCAUCGUCUCGCCACCAGAAUUCGAUGAGAGCCAAAUCACAAUUUUGGCGUGCUUUAUUGCGCGUCUGGUCACUUCGAACAAUCUAAAAGUGGAGGAGAAAAAUCUGAAUACCGUGAUCGACAGUCUCACGAACAUCACGGAGAAGCCUUUGAGUCAAAGGGAUCAUAACGAACGAGAACAGGCGUGGCUGGAUUUGCUGAACGCCCGAAAACUAAAUCAUUUCGAUACCGACCAAUUGCUCGAAAUAGCACUGCAAUCGAACUGUUUUAAGGUCGCCGAAUACGUGUACGAAUUGAAGCAGGAUUACUCGCACAUCCUGGCUUGCUAUCUGAAGGACCCCGAUCGGAAGAACGACGUGUUCAAUUAUAUAGUGAAUUACGUGAACGAUACGGACAGGAGCAUUAGAGAUCAAUUUUUGGAUAACUUCGAAUCGCUGAUCGCGAUAGACUGCAAGAAGUGCAUGGACAUCGUUAUCGAACAUUUUGUGGAAUCCAUCGAGGAUUUAUACAAUUUAUUAGAUGGUGAUGAUUUGUACGUCUUUUCCAGAGAGUUAAUUCUAAAUGAAGUGAAGAUCUCGCCGAAGAUGGCCGAAACCUACUUGGAGUUGAUGUGCACCAGAGAUGUGGACGCUGUUUGCAGUUUCCUGCAAAUGGGAUUCUGUCGAGUAGAGAAGGCUUUGGAGAUUACGCAAAGAAACAAAAUACAUUCGGCCGCUGCUUUGCUGCUGGAACAGAUGGGAGAGUUCCGCAAGGCUUUAGAUUUACUACUGGAGCAUAAUUUGACUGAUUUGGCUGUGGAUCUGUGCAUUAGAGGCGCAGACCACUUGGAUUCGGAGACGAGCCAAUCACUGUGGCUUGCGUUGUUGAAGUACCCGAGAACUUCAAACAAUUAUUCCUUAAGACAACUGCUCCACUCCGCUGCUCCGCACGUUCCGCCCGCCCAACUUCUUGAGUUGGUCUCCGACGCUAAUUUCGGCGACAUAAAAAGCAUACUCAAAGGCAUCCUAACUGAUUGCCAACAUGACAUCGACGUGCUAACGACGACCCUAAAAUUACUCGGAAAAGAUUUGCACCAAGGAUUGGCGAAGACUUUGUGUGCGAGUGGAAAGGGUUUGUCCGUGGCGAGGACCAUCUGCAAUAUGUGCCAAAGUCAUCUGAAACAGGUGAAGAGCGAAGAACAAGUAAUCAGUGUGUGGGGAUGUGGUCACAUCUUCCACGGCAACUGCAUCAAUCUGGAAGACAAGAUAUGCCCGGUCUGUCGCAACGAGGCUGUCUCCAUCGAGUUGAAUGUGAUACCAAAGGUGCAAAAGGAGGAACACUUUGAUGGUUCUUCGCAGCAGGCCAGGCCCGACUUGGAAGGCCAUUUCUAAAACAAGCACUGUAAAUAGGAAGAAUUCAUUUCUACUCUAGUCCAGUAUUUAUUUUACAGCAAACCUAUUUAAAUAAGUAUUAAUUUCCAAAUUUGUGAUAUUAAAAUGUAAAUAUA